AUGGUUUCAUCUAGCCAACCGGCUACGCCUUCAGCCAGCCAUCCGGCUACGCCUUCAGCCAGCCAUCCGGCUACGCCUUCAGCCAGCCAUCCAGCUACGCCUUCAGCCAGCCAUCCGGCUACGCCUUCAGCCAGCCAUCCGGCUACGACUUCAGCCAGCCAGCCAGCUACGUUUGCAUCCAGCUUUCAGCCGACGCUUCCAGCCAGCCUUCAGCCUACGUUUGCAUCCAGCUUUCAGCCGACGCUUCCGGCCAGCCUUCAGCCUACGUUUGCAUCCAGUUUUCAGCCUACGUUUCCAGCCAGCUAUCCAGCCACGCUUUCAGCCAGCCAGCCAGCCGCUCUAUCAUCUAGCCAUCCGGCUACGCUUCCAGCCAGCCAUCCAGCCAUGGUUUCAUCUAGCCAACCGGCUACGCCUUCAGCCAGCCAUCCGGCUACGCCUUCAGCCAGCCAUCCGGCUACGCCUUCAGCCAGCCAUCCAGCUACGCCUUCAGCCAGCCAUCCGGCUACGCCUUCAGCCAGCCAUCCGGCUACGACUUCAGCCAGCCAGCCAGCUACGUUUGCAUCCAGCUUUCAGCCGACGCUUCCGGCCAGCCUUCAGCCUACGUUUGCAUCCAGCUUUCAGCCUACGCUUCCAGCCAGCCUUCAGCCUACGUUUGCAUCCAGCUUUCAGCCGACGCUUCCGGCCAGCCUUCAGCCUACGUUUGCAUCCAGCUUUCAGCCUACGCUUCCAGCCAGCCUUCAGCCUACGUUUGCAUCCAGCUUUCAGCCGACGCUGCCAGCCAGCCUUCAGCCUACGUUUGCAUCCAGUUUUCAGCCUACGCUUCCAGCCAGCCUUCAGCCCACGUUUGCAUCCAGCUUUCGGCCUACGUUUCCAGCCAGCUAUCCAGCCACGCUUUCAGCCAGCCAGCCAGCCGCUCUAUCAUCUAGCCAUCCGGCUACGCUUCCAGCCAGCUUUCAGCCUACGCUUCCAGCCAGCCAUCCGGCUAUGUUUCCAGUAAGCCAUCCGGCUACGCUUUCAGCCAGUCAUCCGACCAUGGUUACAGCUAGCCAUUCAGCUACGUUUCCAGCCAGCUUUCAGCCUACGCUUCCAGCCAGCCAUCCAGCCAUGGUUUCAUCUAGCCAUCCGGCUAUGUUUCCAGUUAGCCAUCCGGCUACGCUUUCAGCCAGUCAUCCGACCAUGGUAACAGCUAGCCAUUCAGCUACGUUUCCAGCCAGCUUUCAGCCUACGCUUCCAGCCAGCCAUCCAGCCACGGUUUCACCUAGCCAUCCGGCUACGCUUCCAGCCAGCCAUCCGGCUACGUUUUCAGCCAGCCAUCCGGCUACGUUUUCAGCCAGCCAUCCAGCCGCGGUAUCAUCUAGCCAUCCGGCUACGUUUCCAGCCAGCCAUCCGGCUACGUUUUCGGCCAGCCAUCCAGCCCCGGUAUCAUCUAGCCAUCCGGCUACUCUUCCAGCCAGCUUUCAGCCUACGCUUCCAGCCAGCCAUCCGGCUACGUUUUCAGCCAGCCAUCCAGCCGCGGUAUCAUCUAGCCAUCCGGCUACUCUUCCGGCCAGCUUUCAGCCUACGCUUCCAGCCAGCCAUCCGGCUACGUUUUCAGCCAGUCAUCCGACCAUGGUUACAGCAGGCCAUUCAGCUACGUUUCCAGCCAGCUUUCAGCCUACGCUUCCAGCCAGCCAUCCAGCCACGGUUUCAUCUAGCCAUCCGGCUAUGUUUCCAGCUAGCUAUCCGGCUAUGUUUCCAGCCAGCAUCCCGCCUACCGUCACAGCUAGCCAUCAUGUUACGUUUCAACCUAGCUUCCCGCCUACUGUGACAGCUAGUCAUCAUGCUGCGGUUCCAGCCAGCAUCCCGCCUAUCUUAUCAACUGACCACCCGGCCAUGGUCCCAUCUAGUUACCCAGCUAUGUUACCCGCUAGCUAUUCGGGUACCUACAGUCAUCAAACUUAUCCGCCGCCCCUUUUGCCUCAGCAACAACCGGCAGGUCCAAGCCGAACGACCGACAGUUGGAUAACGGACCCGAACUGGAAUGUGACACAGAGCCACCCGUCAUCUUGGUUAGCAUCAAAACUCCCAAGGAUCAACCUCGCACCGUACGACGGAGAUCCAAGGAAUUGGUCCUAUUUUAUUCAAAACUUCAAAUGUCUGGUCCACGACGUGGUGCCGGAUGAUGCGCAAAGAAUCAUUUUUCUUAAGGAUUACCUCAGCGAGAAGGUGCGCAACAGCAUCGCAAAUUCGUUGCGCGAUCCCGCGCAAUAUAGAUCGGCCCUGGCGAAACUACAAAGAAGGUACGGCAACCCACAACUGGUAGUCCGAGCCCAUGUACAAAGUUUAAUACAACUCGUCGGACCGAAGGAAGGUGAUUUCGACGCUCUCUGCGUCUUCUCCGGCGCAAUCCAAGCGGCGGUCGCGGAUCUGUCAAACGGAGGUCACUUGCACGAUCUCCUCGCCCCAGGCCUACUUUACCAAGUCACUUCAAAGCUCCCGCCGGCCCUAAUGCAAAGGUGGGGUGAAGAAAUGUGCAGCCUCCAGCCAAGAGCCGCCACGCUUAUCGAUUUCGACCAGUGGCUCGAAUCACCAGUUAUGGCCGGGACCUGGGCCGCUCCAGCGCUACAACCUACUUCCAACGCUGGCCGGACACGAGAGAGAGCGCCAAAGGGAAAGGAAGAUACUAAAAUGCCGGCCGUCCGUCACCCGCGGAUCCUCCAUACGUCUCAUCGUACGUCUUGCGUAGCAUGCACUGGACCACACCCUCUGGAAAAAUGCAAUAAAUUCUCCAAACUGACGCCUAAAGCAAGAGCUGAGCUCCUUUUGGAAAAGGGUGGUUGCUUCAGGUGCCUUAACCCUGGACACAACAGUAAAGCUUGUGAAAAAAAGGUGGCCUGUGGCCAGGACAAUUGCAAAUCCUACCAUCAUCCGAUGGUGCACGGAGCCCCGCGGAUGUUUGCUCCGCCAAAAUCUCCUCAAUCCGACACGCCCAAAACAGAACCAGCAACCCCAGCAGCGCCGUCAAUCUUGAAAAAAGGCAAGAACUUUUGUAUUACCAGCAAGAAAACUUCACCGGAUCAAGUUUUGUUAGCCGUCGUACACCUCAAGAUUGAAGCUAAUGGUUAUUCCUUCGAGACCUACGGCCUCCUCGAUCCCGGAGCGGAAAUGACCCUGGUGACCAAAGAUGUCCUGCGUAUGCUGAAAUUGAAUCCACCCCGCGAAAAAAUGCAGAUGGGCACUCUCCAUGGUGACGGCCCGUUGUUAUCAGUCCAAAGAGCGGACCUGCAAAUUUCCUCGCUCGACGAUUCUUUCUCUUUCAGCGCCUACGAGGUCCCAGCGUUAACGACAUUCAACCUCCAUCCCGGAUAUGUCGAUUGGCCGAAGGAAAAGAAGAAGUAUCCACACCUGGCCGACUUAGAUCUACCACCCGUAGAUUUCUCGAAGAUAACGAUCCUUCUAGGCUCCGAUUAUCAAGAAGCGCUCGAACCUUUACAAAUUCGAAAGUCGACAAGCGAGUCUCCCGGUCCAUGGGCGAUCAAGACUGUAUUCGGGUGGUGCGCUCGCGGCCCUCUUUAUAAAGCAGACGGUCAACAUUUACCACCUUCCAUCAAUCUCAUCCAGAAUCAAAAAAAGUCCAAUUUAAACGAGAUGGUCCACCAGUUAUGGUCACUCGAAUCCUUUGGCACUCAUCCGGAUGUGAAGGCGCCAAUUAGUGGAGACGAUGCCAGAGCGCUAAAGCUACUCGAAGAAAAUGUGCGCUUUUUAGGCGAUCGCUAUGAAGCGCCGCUCUUAUGGAAGCUGGAUCAACCCAACCUCCCUAACAACUAUUCGGUGGCAUUAUCACGGUUCCACACGAAUGAUAGGAGCUUGAAAAAAUGUCCCGUGAAAGCCAAGUCUUACGAAGCCACCAUCAACGACUACAUCAUGCAAGGGCAUGCCAGAAAAUUGCAAGAAGAUGAACUGGAAGGCCCGAUAGGCCUAACGUGGUAUGUCCCGCACCACGCAGUUUUCCAUCCAGACAAGCCCGGAAAAUGCCGUGUAGUUUUCGAUGGUGCCUCUACAUUUCGCGGAAUUUCUCUCAAUAGCUGUCUGUUGACCGGCCCAGAUCUUUUGACAAGCUUAAUUGGAGUGUUGCUACGUUUGAGAGAAAGACCGAUCGCCAUUUCCGGGGACAUAAAAGGAAUGUUCCACCAAGUCCGCGUCCGUUCUGUUGACAAGCAUGUAUUACGAUUCCUCUGGAGACCCCCCCACACCACUGGACCUCCGGAUGUAUACGAAAUGCAAGUUCAAAUUUUUGGUGCCGCGUCUUCGCCCACUGUUUGCUCUUAUGUCCUGCGACGAGCUGCCGCCGACAAUGAAGAAGAGUUCCCAGGCUUAGUCGAGAAGGUAGCAACCAACUGCUACAUGGACAACUACAUGGAUUCCUUUAAUACCGAAGAAGAAGCUAUCGAAUUUAGGAACAAGUUCCAAGAUGGUUUGAAGAAAGGCGGCUUCCACUGGACCCAAUGGAUGUCUACAUCACGGAAAGUGCUUCAAUCUGUCCCUGAAGAUCUCAGGUCCGAUCCGAAAUUGAAUUUAAACCUAGACGCGCUUCCGGCCGAGAAAACGCUUGGUGUCACACUCAAUUGGCAAGAAGACGUCUUCGUCUUUAAAGUGAAAAUUCAAACCGGCUCUGACACCUACAGGACCAUCUUGAGUGAUGUCUGUGGCCUGUACGACCCGCUCGGAUUUUGGACACCAGUCACUCUCACUGCGAGAAUUUUACUUCAAGAUAUCUGCCGGAUAAAACCAGAAUGGGACGAGAUCUUACCAGAACCACUGCUUGAACGUUGGAGAAUUUGGGUCUCAAACCUGCAUCAUCUCGAGUCCGUAGCAGUGCCCAGGUGUCUUCAACCCUUUCCUCCGACGUCAGUUCAACUUCAUAUCUUCGUGGAUGCCAGCGAAUUGGGUUUCGGCGCAGUGGCGUAUUUGUUGCUACAGAAUAAGAAAACCAGCACCACCGUUUUUGUAAUGUCGAAAAGUAGAGUUGCUCCAAUUCACCAUCUUACAAUCCCUCGUAUGGAACUAUCGGCCGCCCUACUCGGCGCCCGCCUAGCCCGAACCAUCAAGAACGAGCUUCGAUUGAAGAUAGACGGUGAAAUAUUCUGGUCGGAUUCGUCAACUGUAUUACGCUGGAUCAACUCAACGCAUUGUCGGUACCACACCUGGGUGGCAAACCGAGUCGGAGAAAUUCUCACCCUCACUACUCCUGAACAAUGGCGACAUGUGCCGGGCAUUUUAAACCCCGCUGACGACUGCAGCCGUGGCAUCGAGGCGUCCGCCCUGACAGGAAAUUAUAGAUGGUGGACCGGCCCGGAAUUUCUUCUCCAGCCCCGAACAAACUGGCCAGCAAUGCCGGAACAUUUUGCCCAGCCAGUCGAUGACCCCGAGAUCAACCUUUCAAAAUGGGCCGGGAAUGUCUCUGUUCCUACCCCUCAUCCACUUCUACUCAUCUUGCAGAAGAGUUCCAGUAUGUGCCGACUAAAGCGGAUCAUCGCCUGGGUGCUGCGCUUCAUCCACAACAAACUUAAGCCUGCCGCCGAGAGAAGAUCCAAGCCGUACCCAAUCAUUCCCGAGCUACGCGAAGCCGAAACAAUUCUCGUACGCCUCGCCCAGCGUGAAGGGUACGGAGCCGAGUACAAAAGACUAAGCGAAGGAAAGGAAUUGGACCCAGGAUCUAAAAUUGCCACGCUAACGCCGUUCUUCGACGCGGAAGCAAAAUUAAUUCGUGUUGGCGGUCGUUUGGGCUACAGCAACUUCCCGUUGGCGAUCAAGCACCCGGUUUUACUGCCGGCGGAUCAUCAUGUAACCAAGCUGAUCGUAAAUAGGGAGCAUCUCCUUCUCAGACAUGCGACGGUGGAGAGAACGGUCGCCGGACUACACAAAAAGUAUUGGAUCCCGCGGAGUAGAGUGUCAGUCAAUCGCAUUAUCAAGAAUUGUUUUGAUUGCAAGCGCCACCGUGCCAAACCAGAUAUUCCGCUUAUGAGCGCUCUCCCAAUUCAUCGCCUUCAAGAUGACAGACCCGCGUUCUCUAAUACCGGAAUUGAUUAUUUCGGACCGAUCCUGACGACCGUUGGUCGACGGCGAGAGAAGAGAUGGGGAAUAAUAUUUACAUGUUUAGUGAGCAGAGCGGUACAUUUCGAGAUGGCGUAUUUCUUGGACACCUCCUCGUUUUUGCUAGCCUUUUGGAGGUUUGCACGCCGAAGAAUCCGGCCGGACGUGAUCUACUCCGACAACGGUACGAACCUCACAUCCGGCGAAAAGGAGUUGAAAGCUGGAUUAGACCGUCUUAACCAAACCGCCAUUGCAAACGAGUUAGGCGCUCAAAACAUCGAGUGGAUUUUUUCACCGCCUUCAGCCCCUCAUUUCGGCGGAGUGUGGGAGAGUCUAAUCAAGUCAGCCAAAGACUCGUUGUCCUUUAUUCUUCAAGAUCAUACAUUCCCGGAUGAAGUCCUCCUCUCCGCCUUGAUCGAAGUAGAAUCGAUAAUGAACGACCGUCCGAUCGGCCGUUGUUCAACGGAUCCCAACGAUUUCUCCGUCCUCACCCCGAAUCACCUUUUGUUAGCUCGCGCUAACCCCAGCCUCCCAGCAGACGUCGUGUAUGAGUCAAGUCCAAAUUCCAGACAGCGAUGGCGAAACGCCCAAAUCAUCGCCGACCACUUCUGGCGAAGGUGGACCGCAGAAGUGUUGCCCUCCCUUCUAAAAAGAAAGAAGUGGUACGUCGAUCGUCGCCACAUUCAAGUUGGAGAUUUGGUCCUCAUCGUUGAUCAAAACGUCACCAGGGGUAGGUGGCCCGUCAGUUACGUCGAUGAAGUCUACCCAGGAAAGGAUGGAAUUCCCCGCUCAGCCCUAGUACGAAACAAGGACGGAGUUUAUCAUCGCCCCGUCUCCAAGCUGUGCGUCGUGGAAGAGAGCAACUUAUUAAUUUCCGACGCCAGCGGAAAUGAUGCCGGCGAUGUUCCCGCCAGCACAGCCCCAAACGGAUAA